AUGGGUAACCUAUUUAGUAGCUGUUGUGAUAAGAAACAACAUACUCCCUAUGAUCCCUUCAUCUAUGAUGAAGACUAUGAAGAGUAUCACAGUCCAAAUGUGCUCAACCCUAAUCUGAUAAACACUUAUGAUCCACCACCUCCUAUACUCAUGGAUCAAUAUAGUAGUGGAACCAUGAGCAACAGAGAUAGUUACACGAGCCAUGAUAUCAGGGACAGUUACUACGAAGAUCAACAAAUACCUCAUAGACAAUCGAUUGAUAAUACAUACACGAUCAGCAACAAAUACAGUAAUAUUGAGAACUACGAUGCCAACUCGUACCAACCCUUCUCAGAGACCUUUGAUGACAGCAACAACAACAACAGUGAUGUACAAGAUGAUCAAGUUACAUUCGAAGCCGAGCAUCGUCAUCCAAAUCUCAACAAUGUCACAGAGACUCUAAAUCACUCGAUCCACAACCAUCAACAACAACAAACGCCACAACCAUGGCAGACCCAGACCAAACAAAAUACAAACAACAACAACAACAAUAGCAGCAGCACUCUUAGCACAGGAAGCACUGGAAGUGGCAAGCAGUCAUUACAGCACAGUGCUAAUGCACAGGACAAGUUCUAUCCUCGCUACAUGAACUUUACCGAGUCUGUUUACAUGGCCCAACCACCCUCCACCGAACUAGGCAUCACGGACUCCAUCGUAGACUCUAUCGUGUUGGGUCUGGACAAUAGGCCACCAAAAGAGCAGCACUUUAAUGCUCAACAUAUGCAACAACAGCAGCAGCAUAACAAUGUAUAUUCUCCUCAGCAAAGACAACAACAGCAACAGCAGCAACAACAGCAGCACAACAACAUUGAUUCCAGUAUCCUAUCAGAGUCGUCCUCGUCGCCAAUGACAGAUUCGAACUUUGGUUCAAGUUCGAUAUACUACGAUACUCAGAACUCAUUCACUAGAUAG